AUGAGCAACAAGAGACUCUGGUCUGAUGAAACCAAGAUUGAACUCUUUGGCCUGAAUGCCAAGCGUCCCGUCUGGAGAAAACUUUGCACUAUCCCUACGGUGAAGUAUGGAUGUGGCAGCAUCAUGCUGUGGGGAUGUUUUCAGCAGCAGGACAACGACCCUAAGCACACAGCCAAGAAGGAGUGGCUUCAGGAUAAGUCUCUGAGUGUGCUUGAGUGGCCCAUCCAUAGCCUGGACUUGAACCCGGUCGAACAUCCCUGGAGAGACCUGAAAAUAGCUGUUCCAAGUAAAGUCAUCGAUGGAAACCGCAACACUAACUAUAACUAUGGUGGAUCCUGCAGCAGCACUGCAUUUAACACCAACCCCUGGUGGAGAGUGGACCUGCUGGAUGUGUACAGAGUGACAGCUGUCAACAUCACCAACAGAGGAGACUGCUGUCCUGAGAGACUUGAUGGUGCUGAGAUCCGUAUUGGUAACUCACUGGAGAACAACGGCAUCAACAACCCCAGAUGUGUUGUCAUCUCCAACAUCCCAGCAGGAAAGACCUACACCUUCCAGUGUAAUGAGAUGGAGGGUCGCUAUGUUGUUGUGGUGAUCCCUGGACAGAACAAGAUUCUCACUCUGUGUGAGGUGGAAGUAUUUGCCACAGUCAAACCUCCAGGGGACAACGUGGCAUUGAGAGGAGUGGCUGCUCAGUCAUCACAGUUUUCGGAUCGCAAUGCUCACUAUGCAAUUGAUGGGAACAGCAACACAAACUAUGGAUCCUGCACCCACACUGCACAGGACACCAACCCCUGGUGGAGAGUGGACCUGCUGGAUGUGUACAAAGUGACAGCUGUCACCAUCACCAACAGAGAUGACGUUCCUGAGAGACUUGAUGGUGCUGAGAUCCGUAUCGGUAACUCACUGGAGAACAAUGGCAUCAACAAUCCCAGAUGUGAUGUCAUAUCCCACAUCCCAGCAGGAAAGACCUACACCUUCCAGUGUAAUGAGAUCGAGGGUCGCUAUGUUGUUGUGGUCAUCUAUGUCAGGAAGGAAUAUCUCACUCUGUGUGAGUUGGAAGUAUAUGGCACUCCUGCAGUAAAUGUAGCAUUGAAAGGAGUGGCCAGCCAGUCAUCACUGAAUGGGUAUGGCAAUGCUCAAAAUGCCAUUGAUGGGAACAGAGAAUCAGACUAUCACAAAAGAUCCUGCACACACACUGAACAGGAGACCAAACCCUGGUGGAGAGUGGACCUGCUGGAUGUGACCAGAGUGACAGCUGUCAGCAUCACCAACAGAGGAGAUGCUGUUCCUGAGAGACUUGAUAGUGCUGAGAUCCGCAUCGGUAACUCACUGGAGAACAACGGCAUCAACAACCCCAGAUGUGAUGUCAUAUCCCACAUCCCAGCAGGAAAGACCUACACCUUCCAGUGUAAUGCGAUGGAGGGUCGCUAUGUUGUUGUGGUCAUCCCUGGCAGGUCAGAAUGGCUCACACUUUGUGAGGUGGAAGUAUUUGCCACUGUCAAACCUCCAGAGUCUUCCACAGAAGCCCCCAAGUCAAAGAGAAUGGUGGUGAGGAUGAAGAUCCAAUCAGAUGCUGAUCUGACAAACCAGGCAGUCGGUGACCAGCUACUACAGCAGGCGAGCGAGAGGGAAAGGGGGAGGGAAAGGGGGAGGGAGAGACAGACAGAGAGAGUGAGUGAGAAAAUAAUCUAA